AGGUCUCGUAUCCUUGCAAUGGCUGCAAAAGUGACACGAAAGGGGACCGAUCUUGACAUUCUGAAGGUAAGCCAAAACGAGUUAGGCAACCGGAUGAGGGCAGCAGAAGCCAAUGGCAGGACCUUGGUCUGGGUUCCUCACGAAAAGGACGGAUUUGCCUUGUCUUUCAUACUCAAAGAACCAGAUAACGAAGGAUACGUCGAAGUGGAAUUGCUCGAAUCUCAUGAAAGACAACGAGUGAGCCGCGAUGAUUAUCAAAAAGUGAAUCCACCACGUUUUGACAAAUGCGAGGAUAUGUCCAGUAUGUCAUGUCUGAAUGAAGCCUCAGUCCUGUACAAUCUGAAGCAGCGAUAUUUCUCCAGCCUCAUUUACACAUAUUCUGGUCUCUUCUGUGUCGUAGUCAAUCCUUAUAAACGACUGCCAAUCUACACUGAGUCAAUUGCAGAACAGUAUAAGGGAAGGAAGAGGAAAGAAAUGCCUCCUCAUAUUUUUGCAGUAACGGAUGAAGCUUACCGAAAUAUGUUGCAAGAAAGAGAGGAUCAGUCUAUACUUUGCACGGGUGAAUCUGGCGCUGGUAAAACGGAAAACACUAAAAAAGUGAUCCAGUACCUCGCCUAUGUCGCUGGAACAAGAUCUCAUAGGCACUUUGGUGGCUAUCAUGCGGAUAUUAGCGGAAACAUUGGCCGCUUGGAAGAACAACUUUUGCAAGCCAAUCCCAUUUUAGAAGCAUUUGGAAACAGUAAGACUAUCAAGAACGAUAACUCUUCUCGUUUUGGCAAAUUCAUAAGAAUCCAUUUUGAUGCGACUGGUUGUAUAUCUGGUGCGAAUAUCGAAUUUUACUUGCUAGAAAAAUCACGGGUCCUUCGACAGUCAUCCAUGGAGAGGUGUUUCCACAUAUUUUAUCAACUUUUACACGGAGCUAACCCGCAUCAAAGAGAAUCUUUAUUACUGGAGCCAAGCGCUGACAACUAUCAUUUCCUUUCCAAUGGCGAUCUAACCUUGCCAGGUGUCGAUGAUGCUAUAGAGUUCAAUGAGACAAUGCAAGCCAUGAAGAUAGUUGGGUUCCAGGACUCAGAAAUACAAGCUAUACUUCGAAUCGUAUCAGCAGUAAUGUUAUUUGGUAACGUGCAGUUUGCACAAGAGAGCAGAAACUGCGAUCAAGCAGUUCUUGUUAAUGAUGCAGUAGCCCAGAAAAUCUGCACUCUUCUCGGAUUGAACCUUGCUGAAGUCAUGAAAGCAUUUCUCAAACCCAAAAUCAAAGUUGGACGAGAGUAUGUCCAUCGCAGCCAAAAUGAGGAGCAAGCGAAAUUUUCUGUCGAAGCCAUAUCAAAAGCAAGUUAUGAGCGACUGUUCAGAUGGCUGGUUCAGCGUCUAAACAAGUCUCUAGACCGUACUCGACAGCAUGCAGUUUCGUUCGUGGGUAUUCUGGAUAUUGCAGGGUUCGAAAUAUUUGAGAUGAACUCUUUCGAGCAGUUAUGCAUAAACUACACAAAUGAGAAGUUGCAGCAACUAUUCAAUAAUACCAUGUUCGAAAAGGAGCAGCAAGAGUAUCUGAACGAAGGCCUUGAAUGGGACAUGAUCGACUUUGGCUUGAACUUGAAACCUACCAUUGAUCUGAUUGAGAAGCCAAUGGGAGUUCUCUCGACUUUGGAUGAUGUGUGCCUUUUCCCGCAGGGAAAUGAUGUAGGCUUUGUAGAAAGGCUAGCUGCGCAACACCAGAAUCAUCCCAAAUACAUAGUACCCGAAAUGAGAUCUAAGAGCGAUUUCGCCAUCGUUCAUUACGCAGGAAGAGUUGAUUAUCAAGCGAAAGGAUGGCGCGUAAAGAAUAUGGAUCCGUUGAAUGAAAAUGUAGUUGAGUUAUUACAACUUAGCAAGGAUCCCCUUGUCUGCGAAAUUUGGAAAGAUGUGAGCGAUAUGUGCUGUAUGGGAGCGGGAGAAGUUGACGAAGCUGCAGCUGUCUUUGGAGCCCGUGUCAAGAAAGGGAUGUUUCGCACAGUAUCACAAAUGCACAAAGAACAGCUGACUCGUUUGAUGACAACGUUGAAUAACACUGCUCCUCACUUUGUGCGAUGCAUUGUACCGAAUCAUGAAAAGAAGCAUGGCGUUCUGAAUCCUCACCUUGUUUUGGAUCAAUUAAGAUGCAACGGCGUCCUUGAAGGUAUCAGAAUCUGUCGUCAAGGCUUUCCAAACAGGAUUACCUUCCAGGAGUUUCGCCAAAGGUACGAAAAGCUAUUGGCGCCGCAAGCCAUACCUCAUGGAUUCAUGGAUGGGAGAGAGGCAGUGCGCCGGAUACUGGAAGCGAUCGAAGUGCAGCCCUCGUUGUACCGUAUCGGGCAGUCAAAAGUAUUCUUUCGCACUGGCGUCAUUGCUGGCUUGGAAGAAGACCGCGACGAGAAGCUUGCGUCUCUUGUAAUUCAAUUUCAGGCACUUUGUCGAGGAGUCCUUUCUCGUCGGAACUUCAAUCAUCGACGCGAACAAGCUGCGGCCAUUCGCAUUUUGCAGCGCAAUGGCCGAGCUUUCAUGAGGUUGCGUGAGUGGCAGUGGUGGAGACUAUUCGUCAAGGUGAAACCACUGCUUGAAAUUACAAAUAAGGAUAUCGUCAUCGCAGAGAAAGAGCAGGAAUUGAGAUCUACAUCUGAAAAGCUAAGAAGAAGUGAAAUUUUCAUUACGGAUAUGUCCAAAACAAUUGAGAAGUUUGACGAAGAGCGCAAUCGCUUACAAGAAAAGUUAGAUUUGGAAAGUAUGGAACGAGCGGAAGCGGACGAAGCUCGCCAGCGUAUAGCUGCUCGCAAGAGCGAAUUAGAAGCUGCUCUUGAUCAAAUGGAAAAACAGCUGCGCAAUGAGGAACACCGUCGCGAAGUGGCUGAAAGAGAAAGGAAGAAAUUUUUGGAAAACAUUCGCGACUUGGAACUCCAACUCGAGGACGAAGAGAGAACGCGUCAAACCUUGCAUAUUGAAAAGAUAGACUUAGAAAAGAAGCUGAGGGAGCUCGAGUCACGAACUGUGGAACGUGAAGAAGUCAAUGGACGACUUUCCAAAGAUAAGAGAACUCUGGAAGAAAAACUAAAAGAUCUGUCCGCCAGGUUAAUAGAUGAGGAGGAAAGAGUCAAGACAUUGUUAAAGCAGAAAAAAAAGGCAGAGGCUGCUGUGGCGGAGUUGCAGGAAGAAGUUGAAAGGGAAAGGCAAACUCGGUGCGAUCUUGAGAAUGCAAAGCGAGCUGUCGAAAGCGAACUCAGAGAAGAGAGGGAUUCUGCUCAAGAGAGGCUCCGAAAAAUAGAUGAACUCGCGCAGAUUAUCACUCGGAAGGAUAAUGAGCUGACUCAAGUCAAACUUAACAAUGACGAAGCGAUCGCCGCUAAGCAGCAGCUGGAAAGAUCUCUACGGGAACUUCAGUCGCAGCUUGACGAAACCACUGAGGAUUUAAAACAGGAACAAGCCUUACGGGCCAAAUCAGAAAAGGCACGGCGUGAUUUGACUGAAGAAGUAGAAAGCUACAAGUUGGAGUUGGAGGAGACACAAGACAAAACUGCUUCACACCAUGCUAUGAGGACCAAACGCGAGGAGGAGUACACUCAGCUGCAGAAUCAACUUUCCGAGAGCAUGCGAGAAGCUGAUGAACGUUACGAAUGUUUGCGCAUCAAACAUCAAAAGCAAGUAGAAGAGCUUAGUGAGGAAAUGGAUCAACUCAAAAGAUCGAAGGCGGCGAGUGAGAAAGCUAGAGUUCAAGCCGAGACUGAUUUAUCUAGUGCUAUGACCGAGCUUAACGAUCUGCAGUCAUUGCGCAUAGAAAGCGAGCGUAGACGAAAGUUGGCGGAGAAUCAAUUGAAUGAACAGGCUAGUCGAUUGCAGCAAUACUGUGAAGAAAAUGAGCUCUUGACGGCUAAAGUAGCAAAGCUCACUCUUGAGCUUGAAAAUGCUGUAAAAGCUCGCGAGGGCGACGUGGAUAGGACGAACAAUCUACUGAAGAAAGUUGCGAGCCUUGAUAUGACGAUAGCCGAGCUAAAUGAGGCAAAUGAGGAGGCAAACAAAAAUCGUGCAAGUCUAACAUCAAAAUUAAGAAAAGCCGAAGAUGAGCUUGCUGAAUUGUUCGAAUCUCAAGAAGACUACAAACUGGCUGUGGAAAAAUCCGAGAAGGAAUUGAACUCCCUAAAAUCUCAAAUUGCUGAUGCCCGCAAGAGGUUCGAUGAAGAGCUUGAGCAACGCCUCGCUGAAUUACAACGGAAAACUGCUCGUGAAGUAGCAGAAGCAGCGGCUAAAGCGGAAGAAGCAGAGGUUGCCCGUGAAAAAGCUGAACGUGCUAAAGUGAAAGCCCAGCAGGAGGCUGACGACGUUUCACGCGAAUUGGCAGAAAUGACUACAACAUUGAGAGAGAACGAGCGUAAACAACGAAAGUUUGAUCAGCAACUGGCUGAGGAAAGAGCAAAUACAACCAAAGCUAUCAGUGAAAGAGACGCUGCUCAGCAACAGGCGAGGGACGCAGAGACUCGCUAUCUGAACGCUGUGAAAGAAGGCAAGGAGCUUCAGGAGCAACUUGAGGUGUUUGAUAAGGAACGACGAAUGUUGCGAUUGGAAGUUGAUAAUCUGGCUUCAACAAAGGACGAUGCUGGUAAAAGCAUGUUUGAACUCGAGAAAGCGAAAAAGCGCCUUGAGGAUGAGCUGGCUGAGGCUCGGGAGCAGAUCAUAGAACUUGAAGAUGCCCUACAGCUUGCUGAUGAUGCAAAGAGCAGAGGGGAGGUGAUGUUACAGGCGGCCAAACAAGAUUGGGAAAGACAACUGUCACAAAGGAACGACGAAGAGGAUGAUCAGAGACGUUCUUUGAGUAAAAGGUUGCGCGAGUUAGAAGAAGAACUGAAUCUAGAGCAACGCUCAAGAGCACAAGCUGUACAAGCUAAGAAGAAAGUGGAGACUCAGCUUCAACUGGUACAAGAAGACAUGGAGCGCCUCAUGAAACAAAAUGAGGAAGCGAAUCGUCAACUGCGCCGCGCAACCCUAAACGCCAAGGAAGCGGAGACGGAAGGUGCUGAAGCUCGAGCUGCGAUGGAUGAAGCACUUUGUAAAGCAAGGGAUGCCGAAAAACGGUUACGAGCUGCUGAAGCUGAAGUGUCAAGGCUGUCAGGCGAUUUGUUCAGCAUGCAAAGUGCGCGCAGAAAAGCAGAAGCAGAACGAGACGAUCUUGUUGAAGAGCUUAAUGGCCUCAAACAAGGAGGACUUUUGGGACAAGAUGAAAAGAAAAGGUAUGAAGCACGAAUCUGUGACUUACAAGAAAUGCUAGAAGAAGAGCAAACAAGUAGUGAAUUGGUGAAUGAAAAGCUUAAAAAAGCACAGGCGCAGGUAGAACAGCUGACUACUGAGCUUACAUUAGAGCGAUCAAUGUGUGAGCGAGCAGAUGCAGAUAAAGCUACUUUGGAGCGAGCAAUGAGAGAAUUGAAAUCGCAAUUGCAAGAGGCUGAAACGGCGGCUGCUGCGCGAGUUCGCGCUCAAUUAGCGACAGCCGAGGCAAAAAUGCAAAUGUUGGAGCAGCAGCUGCAAAAUGAAGAACAAGAGAAAAAUCGUGUCAGCCGACAGUUCCGUCGACUAGAAUCUCGCCUUAUGGAGAUGAAUGUACAACUGGAGGAAGAAAAGCGACAAACUGAACAAUAUCGUGAAACGGCAGAUCGACUAAACUCUCGCUUGAAAUCUGAACGUCGCCGUAUUGUUGAAUUAGAAGAUGACCUCGGUAGUGCAAAUUCCAAAUGCCGUGAUCUCUCUCGCCAGUUGCUGGAUGCAAACGAAGCUAAUGAUGCCCUCACAAGGGAGAUGAAUUCUCUACGAGCUCGUGCGGCAGUAGCAGGCGAUCGGCGCUUCAUGAAUUCGCGUGAUAUGAGAAGAUUUGGUAGCAAUACUUCAUUAACGAGAGGUGAAGAAUUCACAUCUACUCUAACACGGGGAGGAGGUUCCAUUGGUGCAGGUUCUAUUGGUGGGAGUGAAGUUGGUGACGGACGCCCAGCUUCGCGUACCACUCCUGGAGGAUCCAUUUGCGGACAGAGUGAAGACGGAGAUUCCAUGAAAUCAUAAUCACAUCAUUUUUGAGAUCAAACACUUUACAUUUGAGUAACGUUACGGUUAACUGCAUAAUUAUUGUCCCUUCCAGCAUUGUCCCGAUCUACGGUUACUAACUAAUGCGUGCAUAGGUGUACGAUAUAACGUACCCAUAAUUUGCAUUGCAUGCUUUACUAAUUGUGAGAAUCCUUGUAAAAUAGUCCCCAUUGCUUUUUAAUGUAAUGAAGGUAAAUUUAAUUACAAUUUAUGUAUUCAUUUCACCGACGAAUAUGUAUA